CGCUCCUCCGCUUGCCCUGGGCCGGCCGACGGCCGGCCGCGGGACCAUGAAAGUGAGGUCGGGCGGAGGCGAUGCGGACGCCUUGUGUCUUGCAGAAGAGGAACUUCCAGGAGAGGAAGAGGAAAUGCCAUCAUUCCCAAACAGACAGAAUGGCCGGGCUGGGCCGAGCUGCAGCCGUUGCCGGAGGAACCUUUCCCUGCAGACGUCGGUGAGGGUGCUCUACCUCUUCUUGGCUCUGCUCAUCGUUGCUGUGGCACUACUGGCCUCCCUAGUUUUUAAGAAAGUUGACUCUAUCUCAGAAGACAUCAAUACAACCCAGUCUUAUUAUGAGAAGAAGAUUGUUUCUGUGCAGGAAAACCUCCAGGAGCUGGAUCAGAGGUCCCUGAGCAACUGUUCUUUCUGUCGGGACACUGGGCAGCUGGGACAGGAGAUCAGCAAGCUGCAGGAAGAGCUGGAAGAGAUCCAAAAGAUGCUUCUGGUCCAGGAAAUCCUGCUCGAUCGGACCACCCAGACCCACCAGGUGCUCUCCUCCUCCGGCAGCCAGAUCGCCAGCAAGGCGGACAGCUGCUCCUUCUCCAUCCGCCAGGUCAACCAGACCCUCGGACUCUUCCGGGCUCAGAUCCAGGGCUGGCAAGGCGCCACAGCCGGGCUCGACGCGUCCCUAAAGAGCCUGAGCCAGGAGCGUUACGACGUCAAGGCCGCGGUGCAGCAGAUCAACUUCACCAUCGGGCAGACCUCAGAGUGGGUCCAAGCCGUCCAGCGGAAGACGGAUGAGGAGACGCUGACCCUCCAGAAGAUCGUCGCCGAGUGGCAGAACUACACCCGGCUCUUCGGCAGCCUGCGGACCACCUCGGCCAAGACCGGGGAGGUGGUCAAGAGCAUCCAGAUGAACCUGGGGGCGGCCUCGCAGCGCAUAAGCCAGAACUCGGAGAACAUGCACGACCUGGUGCUGCAGGUGAUGGGCUUGCAGCUGCAGCUGGACAACAUCUCCUCCUUCCUGGAUGACCACGAGGAGAACAUGCACGACCUGCAGUACCACGCCCGCUACGCGCGGAACCGGACCGCGGAGCGGUUCGAGACGCUGGAGGGCCGCAUGGCCUCCCACGAGAUCGAGAUCGGGACCAUCUUCACCAACAUCAACGCCACGGACAAUCACGUGCACAGCAUGCUCAAGUACCUGGACGACGUCCGGCUUUCCUGCACCCUGGGCUUCCACACACACGCCGAGGAGCUCUACUACCUCAACAAGUCAGUCUCCCUCAUGCUGGGCACCACGGACCUGCUCAGGGAGCGCUUCAGCCUGCUCAGCGCCCGGCUGGACUUCGACGUCCGGAACCUGUCCAUGAUCGUGGAGGAGAUGAAGGCGGUGGACAUCCGGCACGGGGAGACCCUCCGCAACGUCUCCAUCCUGAGAGGUGUCCCAGGCCUUCCAGGACCAAAAGGACUCAAAGGCGAUGUGGGCGUGAAGGGGUCUCCUGGGAACAGGGGGCCAAAAGGAGACUAUGGCAGCUUGGGGCCCCCGGGGUCCCAGGGCCCCCAGGGUCAGCCUGGUGACAUGGGGCCAGUGGGAGAGAGGGGGCCCACUGGACUGAAAGGUUUCUCUGGCUUCAAAGGAGCCAAAGGCAGUUCGGGGCUCACUGGCCUGAAAGGAAAGCCAGGUCCCAAGGGUGACGUAGGACCCCAGGGGCCGGAUGGACCUCCCGGCCCUCCAGGGCCCGCAGGCCUCCAGGGGAGGCUGGGGAUCACCGGAAAGACGGGGUCACCGGGGCCACAGGGGCUCACGGGCCCAAAGGGAGAGCCGGGGAUACAAGGCCCUCCGGGCCUGCCAGGGCCCCCCGGGCUGCCUGGACACCAGAGCUCCUUGAGAACAGGGUCUGCGGCUUAGGCCCAAGGGUGCUGCCAAACCUGGGGCUAGUAUGGGAAAGGGGGAGGGUGGUGCUGGACGUGGCCCCGGAAAAGAAGAAACCUCUGCCCUUGGUAUCCCAAAGCCAAGAGCUGCUGUCUCCCUCCCUAUAGAAGCAUCCGACAGUGUUCUGUCAGCCAGGGGUGGACCCUAAUCCCGCAGCUUCCGGCUUCCCGAGCCGAGCUGCCGCUCGCUUUCCUGCUUGAAGCCCUGGAGCCACCCCUGCCCCACCCAACUUCAAAAUGGGGGCAGGGGGAGAGAAGACAUUGAGUCGCUUCCACCAGAAAUCAAGGCGCUGAACCAUUGCAGGGGAGGAACCAGCCGCUCUGGUUCUGAAGACCAGGAGAAAGAACUACUACUGCAGCUUCCUCUUCCUUCUUUCUCCCUUCGAAGAUGUGAAGGGCAGUGGUCCUUGAUAAGGCUCCUUCUAUUGGUUCUGAACCAGGUGGGGUCCCAUGGGGUUCCCCCACAGGGCGGGUCAGAGGUGGGGCCUUGGUGUGGGGGUUGGAGCAAGUGCGUGGGUGCGUGCUGAGAGUGACUGGCAAGUACGAGAACAUGGAUACCACACAAGAGGGAGAUAUCGGCCCAUCUUACAGCCAACAGCGUACUGUUCUCUUCUUCGAGCCUCUGCUAGCCUAUUGCCUCCUGCCAGCUACAUCCUGGGUGCCAGCCAGGAGGGAUGAGGCAAGAAGGGAAACCUAGCUUGUGGGAGAUAAUUUUGCUUCUAAAUACUGAGUUUGAUUGGCAAGGGGAAGAUUGCUUUGACUCGGAAAAGUCAAAUCUGAGCCAAGCAGACUAGGGGAGUGGCUAGUGAGAGAUGAAUCUGAGGGUGCAGAGAGGUGGUUUCUCUGGCUGGGAGUUAGCUAGGGAGAGGCAAGCAGUCCAUUCUCAGGGUUCAGUCCACUCCUUCUCUAGUUCUCCCAUUGGUGAAAAGCCCGCUAAGCAGGAAUUGGGUCUAAUGUAUGAGACCUUUCUUCUCCUUCUCCCGCUUUUCUUCCCUGCGCUCCCCCGGCUCCUUACCAAGGACUUGCUUGUUUUAGGCAGCAGCUGUGCAGCAGGGUGGAUAAAAGAAAGGCACCCUGGGAGGCACCCACCCACAGAGCAGUCCGGGGGGAGCACAGAUGGACCAGGGGAAGCUGAGUCCUUAAAACUCUGGGUAAGGAUGCUAAGGAAUUGAGGCCAUUUAGCAUGGGGCUAAGACAAGUCACCCUGAAGACCAGGUGGUUUGAAUAUGUUCACGGGUGUGUGCGUGUGUGUAUGUUUCUUUUAAAAGAUAUCUCUGAACCGGAGCUUCCCAUUCCACCUCUUUCUUUCCCCUACAACUCUAUUGAGGCUGGACCUCUCCAUCCCCAAGGGAAUUCCCCAGUCUUUGCUGGGGAACAAUGUCCCCGAAGAGCUGUCCCGCAAGUAAUAGCUUUGUCUACUCUCCUCAGCAGAUUUGGAUAUGGACUACUGUACCUGGAGAAACUGCCCAUCUGACCACUUGUGUGCUUUGGCCUCCUGAGAUAUUUGGUGAGGCAGGAACUAUUCUUUUCCCCCUCCUUAUAUGACUGUCACCUAUACCAGUCCCCAGAUCAGAGGGCAGGACCACGAGAAUGGUUCCAUCAAUUAAAGGGAAGAGUCUUGCCAGAAUUUCAACUAAAUAGAGCAUCUGGCCUCUGCCGCUUCCUCGAUGCUGGCCCUGACCUCUCACCUUGAGCAAGUGUCAAAGCCAGUGCCGGAAGCUUUGCUAUGAAAGGUUAAAGGUCAGCAACUCUCCAAACUUUAAGGUAUUAACUCCAUUCCAGCUACCACAUUCCCCUCCAGGGAGCAUUCUUCCGGCCACCAACUGACUCUUGAAUAGGGCAUGGUGUUUUUGAGCUUUACCCCAGUCUCAAUCCUCCAAUUCACCUCGUCAGACCCUGGGUCUCCCACCCCUCAGAGGUCCCUUUAGCUCUGCACUUGAUUCUUGCUCUUCCUCCUUCCCCCAGGAGCAGUUCCCUCUCUCUUCUCUUCUUUUCCUGCUCUCUUCCUUCCCUCCUUUCCCACUCAGGAGGCAGAGCUAAGAGGAGUGAAGCCCUGGGGAGCAGGAAGCUGGAGAAAGACAGACUGCAGCACAGAGCCUCCCAUACGUGAGGGACUUCGAAGCACAAAUACUACCACCCUAUCCCUAUCAGCAUCUCCUCCGUAGCCCCAACUGCCAGUAACUGGUCUUUGUGCCAUACUCUCCUGCUGUUUUCUUGGGGAAACUUUUUUUAAAAUAGGUAAUCUAAUUUUUAAAAUUUAAUGCAAGUUCAUUUAAAACCAAUUUUUUUCCCAAAUUGAAAACAAAAAUUACCUCCUAAUGUUUUAACCCCUGAAAUCCAAAUGAACUUAUGAGAUGUGCCCCUGUGUUCUCUGAUGGGGCCCUGAGCGUCUUGUUAGGCAGAUGGACGUGCAACUGGUUUGCAUUUCUCUUCCCCUCUGCUGCCAUGUAACCCUCGUAUCUAUCCAUGAUAUCAUGCAAUGUAUUAUUCCAGAAGCAAUAAAAAGAUGACUGUAUGAGGG